GUCAGUUGCUGCUUUAACACGAUCGCUUAAGCCCGACCAUUAAACAAAAAUGCUCAAGUUUGCAAUUGUUUUGUUUUUUGCUAUUUUAGCUGCUAGUUCCGAUGAAUCCGUCGCAAAUUUCAUCACUUUGUCAGGCAAACAAACCGAAUGUGAUGAUUCCUGCGUAAGGACUUUGAAACCGAUGCUGGAUCUAUUGACUGCACAGCAGAAUCGAUUAAAUGACUGCGAAAAGCGCUCUACGAAUGCAGCACAAGUAAGGAUUGAGGGUCAGCUAGAAGACCUACGCAAAAAUGUCGACAAAUUUUCACCUACCUACGAAAAGAUCGGCUUGCGAUUCUUCUAUAUCGAGAAAAGGCAAAAACAAAAUUGGUUUUCGGCUGCAAACUUUUGUCGCCAAAAAGGCGGCUAUCUUGCAAGUAUCCGAAGUGUAGAAGAGCUUACCCUAAUCUCGACCAGGCUCAAUGCGGGCGUUGAAUUUUGGAUAGAUAUCAACGAUUUGUCCAACCAGGAGGAGUACAUAUCUUCGUCUUCCGGCAAGGUAGCUCCUUUCUUGGAUUGGCAGGACGGCGAACCUAGUACUAUGGAAAAUACUCAGCGCUGUGUCUCAGUGAUCAACGGAAAAAUGAAAGUUAACUUAUGUGCCUCCAAAAACAAUUUCAUUUGUCAAUCAGAUGACUAAAAUUAAUUUUUAAAAUAAAUAAAUUACUAAUACGAAAAA